AUGGUUAAUGGAGGCUGCCGUGGAGCUGGGCGGUGCGGGUGGCGGCGCCGCCGGCGUUCCGACGGGGAGGUUGGUGGUGGCGCCGCCGCCGAGCGAAGCGAACUUGCAGAAGAGAAGGGUGACUGCGGCGAGGGAGAGGAAGAGGAGCAGGAGCGGCGGCGCUAA